AUGCCCUCCCCCAAAACCACCGAAGCAGCCCGUCUGCAAAACGACUUUGGCGCAGACUACUGGGUUCGCAAUCCGGACAAGGAACAUCGACGAUCCACUGCCGGUCGCGGCCUCUUCGCCGGACUCCAAGAUACCAAGCACUACAACGUCGACCACGGCUGGGCCCGACGCAAGUCUGAAGAUUCGCCCAGCCUGCUUGCUUCCAUUUUCAGCAGAUUUACUGGGGGAUCAUACCAACCGCCAUCGGAAUAA